GCCUCCGCCCCCUCGGUCUUUUCUGGGCCCCGGCCACCCGGCAGUUCGCAGGGGGGCAGGCGGAGCUGCGGGAAGGGCACGCUAGGGGAGAGGAGGACGCGAGGAGCUGUGGCAGGAGAAAGUGACGAGUGCCCUUCGUUGUCAUCCAGGGAGGAGCACGCGGCCACUGCCCCACUCGGCCGCCCACGACCACUCGUCCGCAGAGAUGUCAGCCGCUGGCGUCCGGGGCCUUCGGGCCACCUACCACCGGGUCCUCGAUAAAGUGGAGCUCAUGCUGCCGGAGAAAUUGAGGCCGAUUUACAACCACCCAGCAGGUCCCAAAACAGUUUUUUUCUGGGCUCCAAUUAUGAAAUGGGGCCUCGUGUGUGCUGGGCUGGCUGACAUGGCCAGACCUGCAGAGAAACUCAGCACAGCUCAGUCUGCUGUUCUCAUGGCUACAGGGUUUAUUUGGUCAAGAUACUCACUUGUAAUUAUUCCAAAAAACUGGAGUCUGUUUGCUGUUAAUUUCUUCGUGGGGGCAGCAGGGGCCUCUCAGCUCUUUCGUAUUUGGAGAUAUAACCAAGAACUAAAAGCUAAAGCAAACAACUAAGAGUUCCUGACCACCCGAACAAUCUAGAUGUGGACAUAUAACCACUGGGACUAAUUUGAUUUAUUAUUUGGUUAUUGAUGAGGUGAUAUUAACUGUGCUAAUGUUUGGAAGCCAUAAAGAAAAAAAAACAGACUGUAAACUGGGGGCUAAUACUCAAUUUCACAGAAAAAUAAAACAAACUUUUAAUAA